ACACAAGUAAUCACUGAUUCUAAAAGAAAAUCAAAAACCCUUCUCCGGAUGAAAUGCAGAGAAGUCGGAAAAGAAAACAGGCUCAAUUUCUGCUCCAAUCACCAUUGCCAAUCAAAUCUCCUUCCAAACCCAGGAAACUAAUCACUGGUUCAGACGAAAAGCACUCGGCUGAACCUUACCCAGAUCAUCUUAGGCCUACUCCAGAAGAAACCCUAAUUGUUCGAGACGAUCUCUUGACCCUCCAUGGCUUUCCCAAAGAAUUCGUCAAAUACCGCCGACCAAGCUCCGAAUCUCCUUCUGGAGAUUUGAACGGUAGGGAAGAUGACGGUUUGAAUGAAAAAGAGAGUGUUUUGGAUGGUUUGGUUAGCGUAAUACUAUCGCAGAACACCACCGAUACCAACUCUCAUAAAGCUUUUUCUUCCCUUAAGUCUGCUUUUCCAACCUGGGAAGAAGUGCUUGCAGCUGAAUCUAAAUGUGUAGAGGAUACAAUAAGAUGUGGAGGUUUAGCCCCAACAAAGACAGCCUGUAUAAAGAACAUGUUAAGUUGCUUACUUGAGAGAAAGGGAAAACUAUGCUUUGAGUACCUAAGAGAUAUGUCAACUGAAGAAAUCAAAUCUGAGCUCUCCAAGUAUAAGGGCAUUGGACCAAAAACGGUUGCUUGUGUCUUGAUGUUCCAACUUCAGCGCGAUGAUUUCCCAGUGGACACACAUAUUUUUCACAUUGCAAAAUCUAUAGGGUGGGUUCCUGAAUUUGCGGAUAUCAAAAAGACCUACGUUCAUCUUAACAAGAGGAUCCCUAAUGAGUUAAAAUUUGACCUGAAUUGCCUUAUGUUUACACAUGGCAAGCUUUGUCCACAGUGUUCCAAGAGAGGAUCCAACAGACUGAAGACAAAAUUUCCUUUUGAGUCCUGCCCUCUACUAAAUUAUCGAAAAGCUCUAAUUUGUGACUCAGGAGAAAUGCUGACCAAAUCUGGCAAUGGGUGAAAUUUCAACAAAAUUUCACAACUUGACUCGAUGCUAUAUGCCUUCCCCUAAACAUAAAAAGGUUCAAUGUUUUUUUGAUUGUGAAUUUUCAAGCAAUGGGUGGUUAAUUUUUUGGCAAGUUUUAAGUUUAGUGGGGGAUUUACUGAAUGCUAAUGGAUGCACUAUUAAUGUAGACAUAGUUAGUGAUGUUAGGGUUUGAGGGAACUAUCUGACUUCUGUGUAGAAUUAAGCAGAAAUCCAUACCAUUGAAAGUGGGGAACCCUUUUUUAUUCAUACUAUCACUAUGGAAACUAAUUUGCCAAUUAAAAGAAAUGGCAUUAUUUUUUGUGUUUCA